UGCAUUAAUUGUUGAUGGAAUAAAUCAAAUUCAGAUUCUAAAUAUAAAUAAACACGACCUUGAACUAGAGACGCCAUUCGGCCUUUCGAAUGGCUGCCAUGGAAACGGUUUGUGUGUAAACAGUAAUGCUUUUAUGAAUGAAAGUACUGUUAUCCGUUUCAUUCCGAAGCUCCGACCUAACUAGCGUAUGGUUUGAUCGAUAGAAUUUUUCACUGUUUGACCAAAACCCGUCCUGGUGGAUUAAAAACGAAACAAUGACACUCUACUUCGAUAGUAAAGUCCAGUUUCUGGACAGUGAAGCGAUAAGUACCGUUAGCUGUUGGCAUCCGAACGAGGCGAUCUUCGCGGUUGCCUCGUACAGCAACGAACGCGGCGGAUCCGUCACCAUCUUCGACGAUACGGGAAUCCCGCUGCGGAACGUGACCUACCCGGUGCACUCGACGUCGCAAGCCACGGUUCUCACCUGGCAUCCGGAGAAGAAGAUUCUGCUGAGUGGUUGGGAAAAUGGUGAGAUUCAUGCAUGGUUCGAGGGGAAGCGGGAUUUCACCACCAUCAAUGGACCGCACAAGUCGCCGAUAAUGCUGCUGGAGUUUAGCGAGAAGGGUGGACGGGUCAUCACGGCGGAUGCCAUGGGAGUGCUGACCGGUUGGCGGUACGAUGGGCACGGGCAGUUUUUGACCAUGUUCAAUCACGAUUUGCGGGAUCCGCUGUUGCAUAUCACCUUUCGGAAGUCAUUCGAGAGCGCCAGCAAUCGAGAACUGACCAAUCUGGCUAAGGCGGCAGUGGCAGGGGACGAGGCAGCGUUGGACACUUUGACGACUUGGAGACCAAGAACGGCAGUUCGGAAUUUGGGGCAUUCAACAUUGCAGGAUAACUAUUGCUUCUAUGCUUGCACGCAAACGGGUGUGCUGUACUAUAUCAAUCAAACCGGAACGUGUACGGAAAUCGUUCGGGGGGAGAAUAUUCCGAUCAUACAGAUUCUGUGGCAUCCGAAGCAGGAUUCCAUUGUGCUUCUGUUGGAGGACAUCACCAUCGGUCACUACGAGGUGGAUAAUAGUGGUCAAAUUAUUGAACUGGAUCGAGUUAAGCUCUCUGGCUCGGUGAAUGUAUCUGGCUAUAAAAGCGCCAUCACUUGGGUGGCGGGCGUUGGAGCCGCUUUGGCUAUUCUUACUGGCGAUCUAUCGGUCAGAAUAUGGGACAUUGAAAGCAAUGACAACUACGUACUAUCAAUGGAUCUGAACAGUGGGUUAGCUCCCGCUGGAAGUAACAUUCUAUCCAGAAAUCCUGUGGUUGAAGUCUUUACCUGUGUUUCAUACUGUAAAGACAACCAAACGCUGAGUGCGGGGACCAAUCAAGGAAAUUUAUACACCUGGCGACGUUUAAAUAUCAACAGGUCGUACGACUAUCCGGAGAACCAGUGGCAGCUAACGAACGUGACGCCGGUUCGGGGAACGAUUAAAAGCCUCACCUGGGGCAUUACGGACACAAAUCGACCCUGUAUGAUGGUAAAUUGCCUGUCGAAUGUGUUUAUUCUGAAGGAACAAGCAUUGCUGGCCUGCCACACCCGAGCCUUGUGGGCCACCCAGAAAAAGUCAAACGAAUUAGUACUGGUGCAACAGCAGAGCGCUUCCCACUCCACUGGCGGUGGCGAAGCCGAGCGGCGACGGACAACCGUGAUGAAAAGCGAUAAUUCUAUCAUCCAUCUUGCGCUGAGCGAGAUAAAUCUUGUCGUAACGAAUGGUCGCACGGUGGCCGUCUAUCGGGUGGGUGGCGGUGGCGGCGGUGGUGGUAGUUCAGCGUCGUCGUCCAUGGUGGCUGCAAGCGGUGACGAAGACGCCGAUGCACUAUCCAUCACGCAUGCUGGCAGCUUCGGCGUUGAUUGUGUGGCGAUAUACCUCUACGAGCAGAACGUGGUGGCCCUUGGGGCGGAGCAGGUAAAGAUUUACUCGCUCAGCGGGGUUGUUCUGCAGGAGAUAUUUUUCAACGACAAUGAAGGCAAACCAAUCGGAGCGGAUCUGCUCGGUCAUUUCCUGACCAUUUUCACCCUGAACGGCUACCUGAAGUUGUUCGACAUUUCCCGGCACGAAAUGAAGCUGGUUCAGCCGCCGAAGUGCGCGUACGAUCUGUUUGAAAAGUUUGGCGAAAUAAUUUCGGCCAAAGCGAACGCCACCGGGACGCACCUGGCUCUGACCAUCGCGAACGAACAGCUCCUUCCAGAUGGGAAGCUCUACCUGUGGAACUUGGAAAGCAACAACAUCAAGUACUACGAAUUUUCCAGCCGAACCGGCGGGGACAACGUGAUCCAGCAUCUGCCAAUCAACUUCUUCUGGGACACGGACGAUCCGCGGAUGCUGGCGUGUGAAACGAAGCCCAUCCCCGGACAGGGCCAGAAGGCAAUGGGGAAAGGCAACAGUAUCCCGGAGUCGCAGAUAAAUAUACUGUUCGUCGACCAGAAGUCGCAAGUCAAGGAGCUGGAGUUGAUUGAGUUGAGCAGCGGAGAGCAACUGAUCAACCUGUGCAUUCCGCAGGUUGUGAUUUUGAAACUCAAUCAAAUCGAACGGAUUCCCCUUAGGGAUUUCAAGGGUUUGGAAGAUUGCGACUUGACUACCAGGAAUAUGGUGCUGAAUUUCAGCUUGAAUGUAGCUCAGGAAAAUAUGGACCAGGCGUUCAGUUGCAUUCGAUCGCUCAAGUCGGACACGGUUUGGACAAAUUUGGCCAAGCUUUGCGUACACACGGGACGGUUGGACGUAGCCAAAGUCUGCUUGGGCCAUUUGAAGCGGGCCCGAUCGGUGCGGGCUUUACGUAAAGCCUUAGAAGAUGUCACCUUGGAGAACGAAUGCAGAGUCGCGGUUUUGGCGAUUGAAUUGGGAAUGAUUUCGGAUGCGGAAGCUCUCUACAAAAAAGUCGGACGGUACGAUCUUCUGAACAAGAUGUACCAAGCUGCGGGGCGAUUCGAUGAAGCAUUGGAAAUUGCCGAACACCUAGAUCGGGUGCACCUGAAGAAUACCUAUCACAAGUAUGCCGAAUGGCUGAAGGAAAAUGGUCAAACGCAGAAAGCCAUUCAGUACUACGAGAAGACGAACAACUUGAUGCACAAUGUCAGUCAGCUGCUCAUAGACGACCCGGCAGCGCUGAAGAAGUACAUGCAAAGUACGAAGGAUCCGGAACUGUUGAAGUGGUGGGCACAGUAUAUCGAAAGCAGUGGAGAUAUGGAGGGAGCCUUCAAGAUCUAUCAAAAAUCGGAGGAUUGGUUCUCUCAGGUGAGGAUCUUGUGUUUCAUUGGACAAGUGGGAAAGGCUGACGAAAUUGCUCGAAACAGUGCAGAUCGAGCAGCUUGCUACCACCUGGCUAGGUACUACGAAAAUAGUGGAAAGUUUUCGGAAGCGAUUCAGUUCUACACGCGAGCGCAAACAUACGGGAAUGCGGUCAGGAUUUGCAAGGAAAAUGACCUGCAGGACGAUCUAUGGACCGUAGCUUGUACGGCUCGACCGCGGGACAAGGCCUCGGCUGCGGGUUAUUUCGAGGAGAACGGUGACUACCGCAGAGCAGUGGAGCUGUACCAUCGAGCAGGAAUGCUGCACAAGGCCGUGGAAAUGGCUUUCAAGUCACAACAACCGGAGUCUCUGCAGGUCAUUGCUUCGGAACUGGAUGCCAACUCCGACCCGGAACUGGUUACGCGUUGCGCUGAAUUCUUCAUUGGUAUCGAGCAGAACUACAAGGCGGUUCAACUGUUGGCGAACGCUCGGCAACUGGAGAAAGCUCUGCAGGUAGCCGCAGAGCAUUCGGUACCGUUGACGGAGACUUUGGCCGAGCUUUUGACUCCCGCCAAGGAAGAGAUUCCCGACGAGCUGCGAGUGAAAAUUCUAAUCAAACUCGGUGAGAUUCUCCAGGAACAGGGAGACUACCAUUCGGCUACGAAGAAGUUUACCCAAGCUGGAGACAAAAUUCGGGCGAUGAAGAGUCUGCUGAAGUCAGGCGAUACGGAGAAGAUCAUAUUCUUUGCGGGUAUGUCCCGUCAGAAGGAGGUCUACGUGAUGGCGGCUAACUAUCUGCAGGCUUUGAAUUGGCAAAGUGAUUCGAAGGUGUUGAAGAACAUUGUUACGUUCUACACCAAAGGGCAGGCCUACAACCAACUGGCGAAUUUCUACGCGAACUGUGCCCAGGCGGAAAUUGAUGAAUUCCGUGACUAUGAUAAGGCGUUGAAAGCUCUGCAGGAAGCGGGCAAGUGUUUGUCGAGGGCUACUCCGCCGUCGCAGAAGAUCAACGAAACUCUACAGGGCGCUAUGAUGGAUGUGAGGAAGGUGAUUGACUUGCAGGAUGCGGUUGAACGGGGGGAAUUCUUGGCUGCGAUCAAGAUACUGAAGGUGAAGCUGGAAGAACAAAUUGCUCCGCCGGUUCGGGUUUGGGACCUGCUGGCCUUGCUGGUGGAGUGUUUGGUGUCGACUAGCCAAUACUCAGAGGCGUUGUACUAUUUGAAACAGCUGACGCAGAAGAAAUCCGACUGGUACCAGCAGGAGUUGAUCGAACGGACGCUGCUGGAUAAGCUGGUUGCCGAGACCGGGAUAAACUUGGAACCGUACGUAAGUGCGGGCAGGGUUCAGCGGCCGCUGACCUCGUCGACGGUGACCAUCGACAGCGACGAGGAGGAGAUACAGGAGGAGUUUGACCAGUAGGUUUUCGAUGGUUGUGUGGA